AUGACGUCAGUGCUAGGGAUAGCCCUGCUGACUUUCGCCCUGUCGGGGUCUGCUGUAGCCUUUGUCCCCAUCGGGGGUGGGGCCUCCACUCAUGUCAGCAUUACAGCAACGGCUCUAUUGCAGAAAGUGACGGAGACAUGUCGUGUGGUGGCAGAGGCUGCUGGUCACGAGUUCAAACCCACGGGUUUGUCUCCUGAAGAGUUGGUCCAAGCCUGUUUAGGUCCGAGAGCAACAGGAGAAGUAUCUGGUGCCAAGUUUCACUCUGCUCUUCAAGAUAUCUACACCCAGAACGGACUGGUAGACCGUGACUUUGUCAGCAGUGCUCCCCACCACUUCAACUCGGAGAACUUUGUGCAGGGACGUACUCUUAUUAUGGAGGGUAUGGCAGCCAUUAAGGCCAACAUUGGCAAGGAGAACUUCAAGGCUGCCAGGGAAACACUGGGCAGAAUCCUUCAUACACUACAGGACUUCUACAGCCACAGUAACUGGGUCGAGUUGGGAAACACAAAGCCAUACAUCAACCUCAUACGGCCAGAUCUUCCUCUGGAUAACCUGGCAGAUAUUGACACUCCCACCUGCAGCGACUGUGCCAGUGGAACAUGUCCUAAUACCAUCCUCCCCAACAUCCUGAGUGAGAAGAAACUCACAUCAGGCUACAUGGGAAUCUUCUCCUCUGACAAGCCCCAAGGUAAAUGUAGCCAUGGAGGGGAAGCUGACCUGACGAGCACAACACAUCCUCGCGGAGGCAUCAGCAAGGACGAGCGCCGCUCAGACAACGUGGCCCUUCACAACGCUGCUGUCACUAUAGCUACAGCCGCCAGCCUCGAGCUGUUGGAGGACCUCCGCUUAGCUGCCGGGAACGAUGACUAUUUGAGGGACAGGAGGAGGCUCAGGUCAUUCAAUGUGUGCACGAGGCUGCUGCAGAUGUUCUACCAGUCUGUGGUGGCCAGUGUGCUUUUCUUUGCCGUGGUGUGCUGGGGUGGAAACAAAAACACUAGGGACACUGGCAGGCUGAACAAGCUCGUGAGGAAGGCUAGCUCUGUAGUUGGAGUACAACUGGACAAUCUGGAGGAGGUGGCAGAGGGGAGGGCGAGGAGGAAGCUCGACAGAAUCCUAGAGAACCCCUCCCACCCACUCCAUGCAGAGCUAGUGAAGAUGAGGAGUACGUUCAGCCACAGACUCAUCCCUCCACAACAACGCACCAAGCGCCUCGGACAAAUGAUGGGGAUCGCCCGUUCAGCAGUCGUGUGCUUUGUGAUUGACACCACCGGCAGUAUGUCUGAAGACAUUGAUGCAGCUAGGGCGGUUGUUUAUGAAAUCAUUGACAGCAAAAAAGGAACACAGGAUGAGCCAUCAGAGUACAUUCUGGUUCCCUUCAACGACCCUGAUUUUGGACCCAUGAUCAGAACAACAGACCCUGAUAAGAUGAAAAGCGAAAUCGCUAAGCUUAGAGCGAAUGCAGGUGGUGAUACCCCUGAGAUGUGCCUGUCAGGACUUCUGUUGGCUCUCACCGGUGCCCCUUCCUCCUCCUACAUCUAUGUUUUCACCGACGCCGUAGCCAAAGACAUUUACCUCAAGGCAACCGUCAUUGCUCUCACCAGGAGCACCAAGUCCACGGUAUCAUUCUUCCUAACUGCACCCUUUAGGAGGCGCCGCCGUUUCACAAGAGCUGCCAACUUAGACGUCUACAAGGAGCUAGCUUUGGCCUCCGGAGGCCAGGUCGUCCAGGUUUCUAAGAAGGAUUUACCUCAGGCUACAGGCGUCAUCCUUGACACCUCCACUUCAGCUUUGGUAACAGUAAUUCAGCGUGCAAGGAACCCUGGUAAACAGGAGACCUUCCCCUUUAUGUUGGAUGAAUCGCUGAAAAAUAUCACUAUCUACAUCACAGGAACAAAAAUUGCCUUCACACUGACCAACCCUGCAGGUGUGAGCUCAAGCCAGGUUGACACCAUCGGAAAACUGGGAACCCUACAAACAGUUGGCAACCUGUGGAGGAUUCGUCUCAACGCCGACAGCCUGGAAGGAAACUGGCAGCUCAACGUCAACUCCAACCAGCAAUACACACUUAAAGUCACUGCCUUUGUGCUAAGUGUAACACUUCUGAUCUUGGGCUAUGCUAUCUGA